AUGGGAGCACAGCCAUCAAAACUCAACAAAGUCCUUUCUCGAUCCACAACUGAAAGUACCUUAUCACAAAAGGACAAACAUCGUCAGCAACGACGCAAGAACACUCUAAAGGACCUUGCAGGCGUCGCAAUUACCCCCAUUGCCGCCUACCCUCUCAACACUCCUCUUACCGACAAUCCCGAUGACCUUCACUCCUAUUCCUGCUCGGACCAGAAUGAAUCCGAUCUUACGGGCGAGCCGACCCCGGGCGGAGGCACGAGGACAGAGUCCGCCGUCAGCUCCAAAACAAAUCUCUCAUCCUUCCUGAGCUCCAUAAGAAGCAAGAGCAAAGACCUGGUUGAUUCAGAGACCAAGAUAGACGCAAAUGGCGAGAAAAAGGCUGGAUCGACAAAAACCGUCGACGAUUUGUGGGAACAAAAGCAACAAAAGAAAAUCAACAAACAGAAAGAAAAGGCACAGGCAAAGGCAAAGAAGCAACUUCGACAACUUCAGCAGCAACAGCAUCAGCAGUCGCUCAACUCAUAUCAGCAGCAAGCCGCAGCAUCAACAAGGCCCGGAUUAGCGUCGCCUUCGUCACCCUCAUUCGCCAACAACAUCGUCGUCUCUUCGCCUGACGAACAGUACCAGCGUACACCAUCGUUACAAUCAAAAACUGCCAGUGUCUCCCCCUCAGCCUCAACCUCACCCACCCUUCCUCCCCAGUCAACCAUCCAUACCCCCGUCUCCAACGCUUCAAUGUCUUCGCUGGGCUACCAUGGCCCCUCGUCCUUGCAGUCUACGACCUCGCUUCAACCGACAACUUCUGCAUUUGGACGGUUCAACCUCAGCAGCGAAGGCGAUCCUUCAUCAACGAACUCGAAAGGUUCCGACCAGAUGCAGUCUAUCAUUUCUUCGCCACGGCUUGGCCCUUCGGUCACUGCGCCCUCCCUCUCAACCGUAGGAGACAUUUCACCACAGAGUCGACCCUCCAAGCUGAGCUUUAUCCGUGGUAAGGCAGGCUUUGCUUGGCUCGAAAAGAAACUGCCCCCAGCCUCUUCCGCAUUGGAUGAGGAGGUGUUGAAAAACGACGCUUGGAGUUAUCGGCAUGGUCAGUUGCUUAAUGAAAUGGAGGCCGAGGCUGCCAAAGGAUAUGUCGACAGAAUAACAGACCAGCACUACCUCAUGAAGGACAUUAUGGGAGGAAACUUUCAUGCACCGAUCGACCUUGCUUUCAAAAGAGUACUCGAGAAUGGCUGCGGUGCAGGCGAUUGGACUGUGGACAUGGCGAGCGAGAUGCCAGAGACUGACUUUGUAGCCUGCCCGCAGAUUGUCUUUACGACUUCGAAUGCAGAAAAAAGUACCUCUCUCCUUCGUCCUCGUGGUCUUCUCGGAGCCGAUCAAUCUCAAAUGGGUUCGACAGGACCUACCACACCUUCGCCCAACAGUUCAACGGGAGGAUCACCAUCUGCUGCGACCGCUCUCCCCGGAGUCAACAUUAGGCCGACGCUUCGCCCUCGGAAUUGCACAUUUGUACCCGAUGUCCCUCUGAAUCGACUCCCAUUUACAAACGAUCAAUUCGACUUUGUCUAUCAACGACGGCAGUCAGUGGUUUUAAUGUCGACAGAAUGGCAACGGACGGUUCUUGAGUUGUUCAGAGUGCUAAAGCGAGGCGGCUGGGUACAGAUCCUGGAGCCCGACCUGCAUCUUCGAGGAGGGGGAGACCUGUGUCAAUUGGCGGGAGAGUACUGCGUGCGGAUAUUUGAGACAGUGGGGCGGAACCCGAACGUGAUUCACGAGAUGCAACAUUUAUUGGAGAGCGCAGGGUUUGUGAAUGUGGCGUUAAAGGUGUUUUCGAUCCCUCUUGGAUGGGGAGGGGUGAUUGGUCAGGCGAUGCUGGUGAACCAGCGGCAGUUUGUGAAUGAGCUGGAGCCGAUUUAUGUUCGACAGGGCCACGGAGGAUCGGAAGACUAUCGUGAGUUGACGAGGAGUAUCUUUGAGGAGGCUGUUGAGAAGCACGCGUACAUUAAUUAUCAUGUCAUUGUCGCGCAGAAGCCAGCGUCAGCAUCCGAUCGAGCCCUUCACCAGCAGCAGCAGCAGCAGCAAGGAUUGAAUUCUGAUUAA